CUAGGUGGCGGUAAUGCACCUUGACGGUGUUUGCCAACCGCCAAUCAAACCCAAAGAAGAAGAAGAAGAAGACCGUCUGUGCUGUAAACACGUGUGAGUGAACCAGAGGAUCUGUGACCAGUUUAACUGAUUCCUAUUUCACACACAAUGGCAAAAAGUCUCCGAAGCAAAUGGAAGAAGAAGAUGCGUGCAGAGAAGAGGAAGAAGAACGCCCCCAAGGAGCUGGCUCGUCUGAAACAGGCUCUGAGUCUGGAUAAGAAAGGAGAAGCCGUCAUGGCGGAUGUGGAGGAGAUCGCCACUGUGGUGCCCGCCUCCAAGAUCAAGAAGCAGAAAGAUGAGGAGAUGGGGGAGGCAGAGGGAGAGGGAGACGAAGGGACGAUGGACAUGGACAGCAAGCGUAACAAGAAAACACUGUUGGAUGAGAACGGUCAGUACCCCGUGUGGAUGAAUCAGAGGCAGGCGAAGAAACUGAAAGGCAAACGGAUUGGAAAGAAAGGAGGUCAGGGCAAGAAGAAGAAGGGGAUCUCCUGGUGAGAGGAAGGAGAGGACAGAAGGACUCUGACUCGCCUUAAAGACUGUUGAUGCAGAAACAGAGUCAGGUCAUGAAUCCUGUCAGACGUGAUCUCUGUUAUUUCUGUGAUUAAAUGUCACUCUGCUCUGUGGAUCAUGACGACACUCGUGGUCGUUCAUCAGAGCCUGUAAAAUGACUCGCUGUAAGAAGAUGUUUAUUCUUACAGGAGAGCGGAUUCUCCUGGGUUGGGACAAGUUUCAACAAAGUGAAACUUGUACAAAGUCUGACUUGUCUUACUCGCAGCCCUCUGAUGUGUAUCGAAUAUUGUCAACCCCUGAUAAAAAAUCCCAGAUGAAUAGUUUGUGUUGUUUGGUAGUUUUGUCUUUUAUAAUUUCAACAUGAAAAUACAAUAAAACUAUUUGAACGCUAA